AUGCCAUCUGUAAUUUUCUGCACAAUAAGGGUUCAUUUGGUGGCAAAUCUUUAUAUAAACGACCAAAUUUCAAGUCAAGACUUCGCACAACCUUCAAACAUGAGGUUGGUUGCAGUACUUUUGUUUUUGGCAACUGUAUUUGCAACUUGUCGUGCAGAUGGCUAUAUAGAGAAAGUGACCCAAGAAAUCCAUCUUCUCCGGCCACGGUCAGGUGUAGCCGACUAUCGGCCGCAGGAUGUUGACUGCUUCAGCUGGCAUCUAGCUGUGGAAACAAACAACAUCCGAAAUUGGAAACUGGUGCCCGAGGAGUGUGAACAGAAUGUUGGCCAUUACAUGCUAGGCAAACAAUACCGUAAGAUUGCGAAAUUGUGGCAAACACCGCAAUUGAAUAUGCCAAGAGCCUCACACUUGCUGGUGAUGGGAAGGAUAUUUGGAUCUUUGAUAUUGACGAAACUACGCUAUCUAAUUUGCCAUAUUAUGCUCGCUCCGAUGUGCAAUUUGGGAACAGUAGAAAGAUUUAAAGACAUUAGGAUUUCCAAUAUAAAAGCAGCUGGAUAUCAUACCUGGGAAAAGCUCAUUCUCAAGGGAGAAGCUGAUCAGGGGACCUCUGCAUUAGUGUACAAAUCCAAGAAGAGAACAGAGCUAGUAAAUUCUGGAUAUAGAAUUCUUGGAAAUAUGGGAGAUCGAUGGAGUGACAUACUUGGAGAUAAUUCGGGCAAUCGAACUUUCAAAGUGCCCGAUCCCAUGUAUUACAUUGGUUGA